AUGCGGAUUGCUUCCUUUACUUGGAGGCGGAGGCUCUCAGCGCCGCCUACAGAACCCUCACCACCGGAGGCCUCCAUCUCCGAGGAGUCCGAGGGGGCAGCCUUUCCCAGGGCGCUCCCCUCCGCUGCCAGCCGCUCUGCCGGCUCAAAUCGGCUCCCAGCCGCCCUUGUGGAGCCCUUCCCCUUGCCCCUACCCCGCGCAGCCGUGGGGAUUUUGGGGGCUGGGGCCUCCUGCUCGUUGGAAGACGGCUCCAACCUGGGACGUUUAAAAACGCCCCGGUCUUUCUUGUGGCGCAGCGCGAUGCUGACGCCAGACAAUGAUGAGUCGGACUCUGAGUCCGACUCCUUCCUGCUAGAGGCACGUGCACACGAUGCAUCUAGCGCCUCGGUUAUAUUCGCAAGCGAGCUGACCUCGCUUGCGUUCUCCUCACCGACAUCUCCAUUGAAGUCCCACGAGUAUGGGGGAAAUAAGAGGUCCGCCCAGGGAGAGCCCCCUGUCCCUGGACCCGGAACAACAAUUUGUGGCACACCGAAUCCGCGACACGUUGCACGGCAACUGGUUGCCCAGACACCGCGUCAACCGUCCAGUAUUAUUGUCUCGUCUGCGGUGGUGGUUGCGUUCUUCGUGUGCUGGGCUCCGUUCCACUUCCAGCGCCUCUUCUUCAUCUACGGCACCUCCUCACGGCACUACCACACCAUCAACGAGUACCUGUUCUACGUGGCCGGCGCCUUCUACUACAUCUCUGCUACUGUCAAUCCCAUACUUUAUAACGUCAUGAGCCAUAGGUACCGCAUCGCGUUCACAGAAACCCUCUGCUGUGGUAAGGUCAUCAGCAAGAAGAACAGAUACCGGGAGCACUCCAGCAUCAGGGAAACCAUGGUGAACCAUACCUCAGAUGGUACCAACCUGGUCAGGGUCCGCUCCGAGAUCCAACACAAAAGAAACCGACUCGAUAGACGAAGCAGGAGAUGCAGCUACUACGGGACGGAGACCACGAGCCUUUGCAGCGAGAAAUGGAGACAGGAAACCCCAAAAAAGAUGAACAGCAUGCUCAUCAAUGACAGGAACAGUGUAUCUUCAACCCUAUGUAAUAAUAACGAAAGUCAGUUAUUGUAUAGCGACUUCAAAAUAGACGGUGAUGUCACUUAG